AUGUCGUUACCCAGGCGUCCUGACUCUAACGAGUCUCCGCGCGAGCAGAGAUCUGCAUACCGAAACUCUCCUUCACGGCGACGUCAACAACACGAUGAAGAGACAGGCUACUAUGCUGGAGGAACAGUCAAUACAGCUUCACCUUCGAGACAUCAACGUGGGCCAUCAAAAUCCUCCUUCGCCGAGACCCUGCCAUCCCCUCUUACGCCUACUCCAACAACCGAACCUUUGGCUCCUGUCCCGAUAGUCGAUCGUUCGCGAACACCUGAAAUAUCGAGGAAGAAGAGUCUGAUUCGGCCAGAGCGGGGCAGAAUUGACCAGAACCAUCCCAAUUACCACUAUAGACAGCACGCUGCGAACAUGAAUAUCCAUCCUUCCACCACGGGACAUGAUCCAAUCAUGGAGGAUCUCGAGGCUGACGCUGCUGCGACGGAGACUUCAGGUCUGCGAAGCUCUCAAGAAGGCGAGUCGGACAUAUCACCACCAACGAACAAGCUUAGACGGGGCCAUGGAGGAGGGCCAGAAGAUAUUGUCACGGAGAAAGUUGGCCUCGGUGCUCACAGAAGCAAGAAACUGAGAAGAGAGAGAACAGUAAAGCUCACCAAGGAAGAGAAGGAGAGACAAAAGCAAUUGGAUGCUGUCAAGCCGCCAAGUCUGUGGAAUGUCUACUGUGCAAUUGUUACCUUCUGGUGCCCGGAUUUCGUAUUAAAGUGUUUUGGGAAGCCGGCCAAGGCGCAGCAACGAGCUUGGAGAGAGAAAAUGGGGUUGAUCAGCAUCAUUCUAUUCAUCAUGGGCUGUGUUGGUUUCUUGACUUUCGGCUUCACGGCUGUAGUGUGUGGUUCACCAGCAACUCGAAUGCGUAUCAACGAGGUUGAUAGUGGCUACAUGAUUUUCCACGGAAGCGCGUACAACCUUGUGGAAUCGCAUCAUCCAGCUGCCAAAGGAAUUACCAACGGAGCAAAUGUUUUAUAUGAUCUGGCGGAAAAGCACGGAGGUCAAGAUGGAAGCUUCUUGUUCCAAAACGUCAACGGCAAAUGUAAGGAUCUCAUUACACUUAGCCCUGGAUCAGAUGUUCCGACGAAUUCCGACAAGGACCUUGCUUGGUACUUCCCAUGCACCCCUUUCAAUCAAGACGGCUCAAGUCCGGUGAACAAGACGAUUCCAUAUUACUUGGGUUACGCUUGUCACACUCAGGCUGGUGCCAGAGAAGCGUUUUAUGAUCUCUCGAGCUCGGGCGAUGUCUACUUCACUUGGGAUGAUAUCAAGAACGUUUCGAGAAACUUGAUGGUCUACUCUGGAAAUGUGCUUGAUCUUGACCUGUUGAAAUGGUUCAACGGAACUGAAGUCCAGGUCCCACAAACAUUUGUGGAUCUGAGUGAUCGGACUACAGCUUACAACGCUGCCGUGCAUGGCAAAGAUGUCACUCAUGCAUUCCAAAGUGCAGAUGACAAGGCUAUGGCCCAGUGUUUCGAGCAGAUCAUCAAGGUCGGCACUGUUGAUACCGAGACAGUUGGCUGCAUUGCUUCCAAGGUCGUCCUCUACGUAUCUCUAGUCUUCAUCCUAUCGGUUGUUGUUUCGAAAUUCGUUCUGGCACUACUAUUCCAGUGGUUCUUCAGCCGCAAAUUCGCAGCAUCCAGGACUUCACAGUCUUCUGAUAAAAAGAAGAGACAACAACAAAUUGAGGCAUGGUCAGAUGAUAUCUACCGUGCACCUCCUAGACUUGCAGGAGAUGUUGGCAGCACAGUUGUUGGUUCCGAUAGAAUGAGCAAGAGAGGAAGCACCUUCUUACCCACUACUUCUCGCUUCACCAGCCCUUAUGCAGGUGAUAGACUGUCCCGAGUUGGCCGACCUCAACCAACCACCAUGGCCAGCCAGACGUCGACCGCCGCUCUGCUCCCACCCAAUCCAAUGUUCAAGCAAGCCAAUGGAAGUCGAAACAGUUUCAUCCGCUCAGAUUCUUACGGUAAUAGUGGCGUCCAAAGUGACUACGAAGGACCAGGUCCAGCUGGAUUCAUUCACGAGUCCGUUGUUCCUCAACCACCAUCUGAUUGGCAACCUUUUGGCUAUCCUCUCGCUCACGCUAUCUGUCUCGUAACAGCCUACUCGGAAGGCGAGCUCGGUAUCAGGACCACACUCGACUCUAUUGCUAUGACCGACUACCCGAACAGCCACAAGACCAUUCUCGUGGUUUGUGACGGUGUUAUCAAGGGCAAGGGAGAAACCAUGUCGACCCCAGAUAUCAUCUUGAGCAUGAUGAAGGAUCAUUCUAUUCUACCAGAUGAGGUUCAAGCUUUCUCGUACGUGGCCGUCUCCAGUGGCUCUAAGCGACACAACAUGGCAAAGGUCUAUUCCGGAUUCUACGAUUACGGCUCCAACUCUUCUGUUCCUCUGGAUAGACAACAGCGUGUUCCCAUGAUGUGCGUUGUAAAGUGCGGUACACCAGACGAGUCCACAAAGAGCAAGCCAGGUAACAGAGGAAAGCGUGACAGUCAAAUCAUUCUGAUGUCUUUCUUGCAAAAGGUUAUGUUUGAUGAGCGUAUGACUGAGUUGGAAUUCGAGAUGUUCAACGGAUUAUGGAAGGUCACUGGAAUCUCGCCUGAUUUCUACGAAGUUGUUCUCAUGGUCGACGCCGAUACGAAAGUAUUCCCAGACAGCUUGACGCACAUGGUUUCUGCUAUGGUUAAGGAUCCCGAAAUCAUGGGUCUUUGCGGUGAGACUAAGAUCGCCAACAAGCGUGCAUCCUGGGUAUCCGCCAUUCAAGUCUUCGAGUACUUCAUCUCUCAUCAUCUGUCCAAGUCCUUCGAAUCUGUCUUCGGUGGUGUUACUUGUCUUCCUGGUUGUUUCUGCAUGUACAGAAUCAAGGCUCCAAAGGGAGGUCAGAACUACUGGGUACCAAUUCUUGCCAAUCCUGAUGUUGUCGAGCACUACUCCGAGAACGUUGUCGACACUCUCCACAAGAAGAACUUGUUGCUACUUGGUGAAGAUCGUUACCUUUCGACUCUUAUGCUUCGAACCUUCCCCAAGCGCAAGCAAGUAUUCGUUCCCCAAGCUGUCUGCAAAACCACGGUUCCAGAGGAAUUCAGCGUCUUGCUGUCCCAGCGACGUAGAUGGAUCAACAGUACUGUACACAACCUCAUGGAACUCGUUCUCGUCCGAGAUCUUUGCGGUACUUUCUGCUUCAGUAUGCAAUUCGUUGUCGGCAUUGAACUUAUCGGUACCUUGGUUCUUCCCGCUGCUAUUGCCUUCACCUUCUACGUCGUCAUUAUCUCAAUUGUUCGCUCUCCACCACAAAUUAUUCCGCUUGUCCUCUUGGCGCUCAUUCUUGGUCUUCCCGCCGUCCUCAUUGUCCUCACUGCUCAUCGCUGGUCCUACGUGGUCUGGAUGUUCAUCUAUCUUCUCUCACUUCCAAUCUGGAACUUCGUUCUCCCAACCUACGCGUUCUGGAAGUUUGACGACUUUUCUUGGGGCGAUACUCGUAAGACUGCGGGCGAGAAGACUAAGAAGGCAGGUAUCGAAUAUGAAGGAGAAUUCGAUAGCUCAAAGAUCACGAUGAAGAGAUGGGGCGAGUUCGAGAAAGAGAGGAGACUGAGAAGCCAAGCUUGGGGUAGUGGCUAUGGCAGCGGUAUGAGCAAGGAGGGUAGUCAUAUGAGUGGUGCGUGGCAACAACACAGUGGCUACGGAGAAGAGUACUCGGAUAUCUGA